AGGAUUUCGGACAUGUUAAUUGUUAUCUUGUAAUAAUUUUGUUAUUCGCAAUUAUUCAGUUUGCAUCGAUUGAUUUGUUUAACUCGGGAUUUAUUGGCAAAACAAAUUGCCUGUUCAUUAUGCAACAAAGUAGCGCCAUCAAACAACAGCUUCGACCCAUCACAGCUUCUGUGACCAAAUCGUUUUCAGAAAACGAUAACUGCUCACAACUUGAUGGUCAAGUCGGGUUCUCAACAACAGAUAUGAAUCGGAACCAGGAGGUGGGAUACUUCAACAGCAGUAACAGUUUCUUCAUCAACGAAGAUCCACUGGACAUCAACGUCCGAAAUUUGGAAAGCCUGUCCCUGAUGGACAACAUGAGCAGUGUGAACGGCCUGACUGGGAUAGAAAACAACGAAAACCUCGUGUACUUUCAGGAUUUGGACGCCGUUUUAAAUCCGUACAUAGACGAUCCCAAGGAAGGAAACAUAUCGAGGACUGUCCGAGUGCCAUCGUCGGAACAUGUUGCAGAGAUCGUAGGUCGUCAAGGUUGCAAAAUAAAAGAUUUACGCGCCAGGACCAACACUUACAUCAAAACCCCGAUGCGCACUCAGUCUCCGGUGUUUGUGGUAACCGGGAAGGAAGAGGCAGUCCUUCACGUCAUGGAGGAGAUCCAGAACGCCGCGGAGCAUUUCACUCACAUUCGUGCCUCCAGAAAUCAUCACAAGGCUCUGGGUGGUCUGGACGCCAACAAGCCUGCGAGCAGGGAAGGAGACAUCAUGAUACAGGUCACCGUGCCUUACCGGGUGGUAGGCCUGGUGGUGGGGCUUAAAGGGCAGACCAUCAAGGGAAUUCAGCAGGACACCGACACUUUCAUUGUCACUCCCAACAGAGACAAAGCCCCAAUCUUUGAGAUCAGAGGCCAGCCUGAUAACGUAGAGAGGGCCAAAAGGAUGAUCCUUCGACACAUAGAAACACGUACCAGACACUGCAGGCUCCAGGACACGACAAACUUGCCAGCAAAUUGGAAUGAGGAUCAGAAACAAAAUGGUAAUGACUUCUCUUUUUUCAACAAUGAAUCUUUGCUUCAAAACGGCAACAGUUCUAGCAACAUGUCUGUCAACAGUAAUUUUAGCAGCAAAAGAAGUGUACCCAACGGUAGUACAUCAAACGGACAUGGGCCAGGGUUCGCAUUUUCAUCUACUAGCCCACCUACUAAUGGAAACUACAAUUGGCGAGGCUACAACAAUAUGAUUGACCAGAAUUCUCAACAAAAUGGUCAUAUCACAACUUGGAGUAACGCCGUAUCUGACUAUCCAGGAAUGCUUGGUUCGGGAAUGUCCAAUGGAUCCAAUCACAUGACAAACAGAAGUGGCAACAAUUUCCCAUACAGUAUGUCUUUAGGUAGUAUCCCUUCAUCUUCCAACAGCUCAGCUAGCAUUUCGCCACCUCAAGAUUUCUUAAACGACAAUCCAUUCUCAAGCCACAAUCUAUCUAACCCUUUUGGGUCUCAGCUCAACAGCCCACAUCUCAGGAGCUUGAAUGAUCAAGAUUUCUCCAGUUUUUCUCUUUUGUCCACUGCAUCAUCGACACCCACCAAAGGAAGUCUGGUUUUGGGCAAUUUAUUUCAGUCUCCUAGCAACGUCACCUCCAGUCUGACCAAUAGUCUGAUGAGUAGCAAUGAAGGAAUUAAUGGUUUUCAGGCUUUAAUGCAAGAUGACCACUGUUCCAGGCACAAUUUUUCGUCCCUGGGUUCCUUUGCAGGAAGUUUGGUGGAGUCUGGAUUAUUUUCAGGACACAUGAACGGUUUCCCCAGUGGAAAUUCCAGCCCAACCAGUAAGAGCUGUUCUCUGAGUGAUGCUUCAGGUUCUCACGGCUCCCCAAUCCCAAGGUUGUGUAAGAUUUGCGAGGAGGCUGAAGUAGUAGCUGCUCUUGUACCUUGCGGUCACAAUCUUUUCUGCAUGGAAUGUGCAGAAGGCAUUGUUAAUAAGUCAACAGAUACAGACCGGAGGUGCCCAGUAUGUAAAGAUACUGCCUCGGACGUUCUUCGUAUUCGAGCAUAGAAAUGUAUAGGGUUGGGCAUUUUUUUUACCUGGAACUUUGAAGUUUUUUUGGGGGGAGAGGACACAUUUUUAUAACUUUUCUAUCAAAGGUUUAAAAAAAAUUAAGAGGCUGAUUUUUAUGUAUAAUGUGUACAUUGCUUAUUUACAAAGAUACACGAGUCACUGUUUAAGUCAAUUCUUAGAUUAUUUUUAAUAGAAAAGUUAUAAAUAAGCUUAAAAAAUUUAGAUGAAUUUUUGUUGUAGGUACAAAAUAAUUUUUAAAAACAAAUUAAAAAAAAAAAAAUAACAGCCUCUUUCUUGUCAUUAAGAAUUCCAAAAUUAUUUUGAUACUUAAAAACUCUUCCAGUAUUUUCAAUCUGUACAUAAUCAGUGUACAUAAUCAAAAAUAUCUUCAAAGCAACCAGUUUUAUGAUGUUCAAAAUUGUUUAUUUGGAUAGGACAUCCAAUGGAUUAGGUCUAGUAAAUUUGGUGGAAAAAAUGGAAACUUUUUGUUUUAUUAUAAACAAUAUUUUAGAUACUUUUUUUUUUUUAAGAUUAACUUUUCUUUUGGCUCAGGAGGUAAGGAGGAAAAAAAUUGUUUCUGCUUAAAGAAAUUUAUUCACCUGAAUUUUUUUUUGUAUUUUAAAGAGAACAAUGUAAAGUGAAGCAGUUUUAAAGACAUUUUACCCUUACACUUUUGUUUUGUUUUAAAUUUGUUUCCCCAUUAUUACAAACUUUUCUAGAUUACCCAAGUUGUCAUUUUAAUAACAUGGCAUUUUUUUUUAAAGAAAAAGCUUUUUAUCACUGCAUUUCCUUAGUGUUAUUAAUGACUCUAACAAACAGCAUGAAGCAGCAAUUGAAGAUCACAAUCAGACAAGUUUAUUAUCAUAGUGCAUUAUAUUUUUGUACUCAAAUUAUGCCUUGUGGUGUAUGAUUCUUGUUAAAUAGGAUUAUCAUCCUUACUGCUUUAGAUAACAGAUGUAAUAUAACAAUAUUUUGUUACAUGGAAUCUCAUCUGCACAUACAAAAUUAUGUAAUUAUGACAUGUAUGUUGUGUUAGAUUUUUUUUUUUAGUAUAUUUCUUUUUAAAAUUUGCACAAAUUGCAGUAUGUAUUGCAUUUGGUAGUUAAACAUAAUGUAAUAUAACAUCAACUGAAUAAAGCUGAAUGAUUUAAACUUUAAAUGUCAUUAUAGUUGUAGUAAAUUUAGCCUGCCAAAUUAUAUUUAUAACAUAAAUUUAAUAUAAUAAAAAAUAUCUAUUAUAAAAUGUUAUAUAUUCGAACUUUCCAUAUAUUACCUCUUGCAAUUUUUUUUUGUAUUUCUUUCAAAUCCCAUUUUUGAAACACAUGGAAAACAUUUUAGACUCGUUACUCAACCAUCUUUUCUUGUUUUCUCAAUUGCAUAAUCUUGAUCAAACAUUGUUAAAUGUUUGAAGCAAACAUUUUUUCUGACUGUUUCAUUCCAAUGACAUAGCUAACUUUAUGAAUCAACUAUGACCACAAAUCUAUGAAUCAAAGUUUAAUAUGCAAAUUUUAUUUUUCUUAAAUGUAAUUCUAUUUUCCUAGAAUGUCUUUAAAAACAAACAAAAAAUUAUUAUAUUUUAACUUUUCAGUAAUUUUGCUCAGUUAUUUGAAAAUAUUAUUUGUAUUUCCUUUCCAUGUAUUUUUUUUAAAACCAUGAAAAGGAAAGAAGUUACAAGUGACUUGAAAAUGUGAAUGUACAUGUCUAGACUAUAGACUGUAAGAACAACGCUAUUAAAGGGAUCAAACUAUUAUUCCUUGAGAUCUGACUGUAAAUUGUAUUUCUCUUUCACAAAUCUGUAUUUAUAACAAGUAUGUAAAUGUCUUCAGUAAACACAACAAUAUUUAUUACAUUUUGUAAAUAUAUUUAAUACAAGAAUGUCUUCAGUCAUUCAGCAGACCAAAUAAGGUACAAGGAACUAUAAAACCAAUGAUCCAAAACUAUUUCCUUAUCCAAUAUUUCUUGCAUCAUGUUGCUUUUCUUUUCACACCCAUCACAUGCUUUAUAUCUACACUUAUUUAUACUUGAACUAUUUAUAUAUUUGCAGAACAAAAUUUAUGAACAAACAUCAGUACAAUUAUUUGAACUUAAAAUAUGCAAAAAAGAAUCUUUUUUUUUCUUUUUUCCACACAAAUCUCUAAUGAAUGAAACUUACAAAGCUAAAUGUCUAUAUUUGUAUUUAAAGAUGAAAUGUAUUGUCAUUAUAUUAUUACACACCUUCCUGUAAUAAAUGCCUAGUGGCAUCAUCAUUUGUUAUAAUGGAAGUGUUUAUCAUAAGAAGCAUAUGAUCAAAACCAAAUCAUAAACAGAAUAGUUUCAUAUCAUCACUUUUUUGUUUCUGCAUUAGAUUACUGCAUGCUUUUGAACUUGCAAAAAAAAACACAAAUGUUAGAAAAAAAUAAUGUGUUAUAUGUUGGUUGUUAUAUAAAAAAAAACAAUACAAAUGUCUUGCACAUACGUGAGCGGAGUUCAGCUGGAUAAAUGACCUUGGAUUGGUGUAUUCUAAUUUAUCCAACUCUAUGUUCAAUAUUAGAUAAACCAAUGUUUAAUCACCAAGUAUUAUUCUCUAUUACUGCAGAGUAUUUAUUUGUUAUUCUAUGUUAUUUUGAAUGUACAGCCCAGUUAGCUUCAUACACUUGUCCUGUAGUUGUUUUUUUUUUCACUUUUAUAUUAAAUCUUUGUAUGUUUAUGUCAUGUCUUAGAAUGAAAUGUUUUACUGAUUAAAGAUUUCUUCCUUUCUUAAAUAAAAAAAUUAUUUAAAUUUAUUCUUUUAAAAGAAAGUUAUCCUAAAAUAAGUUUAUUAUAGAUUUAACAAAAACAUUAUUGCCUUCUCAUUGUUAUGUUUUUAUGCAAAUGUAUGCGUUAUUAUAUAAUGCUAUUCCUUAUUGAGUGUGAUGCACAUGUUUCAGACACUCUAUCAGAAGUAAUAAAGACUUGGAAGUGGAUUAGAAAAACUGUUAAUUUAUUUAAAAGCAUAUUUUUUUGAACAUGUAUUAAAUAUGUUGAAAAAUUAUUGGACAGAUUCAAAGUCUCAUGUAACCUCUGAAGUGUCUGGUGUAUUCUUUUAUUUUAUGUUUGUAUAUUCUAUUUCUUUGUUUUUACAUAAGAUUUUUUUCAUUUUGUCUUCCAUGUGGAAUUCUUUUGCUUCUAGCCUGCCAUGAGAGACAUUGAAGUUUGCUGCUUCCUUAUUGUUCCAUGACACUACUGAGAAGUUUUUCUUUAUUCAUUCAACAAGUUAGAUUUGUCAUUGUUUCUGCUGAUGUUUAAAGAUUAAACUAAUUAUGUAUUAAUUAUCUGCUGAAAAUUAAAAAAAAAAAAUCAGGGUUAAAUAGUGAGAAUUUUUUAAAAAUUUGUUAUAAAAUGAGAAAAGCAUCAAAUUUACUGACUUUGAAGGAUUGUUCUAAUAUAUUUCAAACAUAUCAAUAGCACAAUUUUAAAAAAAAAACUACUUUGAACAAUUUGUUAUAAAUCUGGCCAUAGAUUUUCUUUACAUGUCUAACAAUUGUUGAUGUACUGUGAUGUUCCAUCAAAUUAAGAAUGAGGGGUUUUUUUUGUUCAGUUUCAAAAAAUUUUAUUCAAAAGAAUACAAAAUUUAACAAAUAUGCUUGAAUGUCUUUCAGUGGUUUUGUAUUUCAAUUGAAACAAAAAAAAAAAUUAUUUAAAAAAAAAAAAUUGUCGCCAUUCCCUAUUCACAUUUUUUCUUUGUUGUUUUAGUCAUUGAUACAAUGUGUUUAUCUUGGAGCUUGUUGUAGUCUAUGUCUACAUGACUGCUUAGCUGUACUGAUCAUGUUUCAAGUGUAGUUCUUUUUUUUUUUGGUUUAUAUUUACCCUUAUAGCAUAAUUGAGUUUCCAGUGUUUGUAUACCUGUGACUGUAUUCUUAUAUUGUAUGUCUUGGGCCAAACAAAGGCAAACAUUGUCCUGAGAAAUAAGUUUAAAAAUUUAUAUUUUGAUCUUUUCCAUUGAAAUCUAUGAUUGCCUUUUUUAAAUUACUGUGAUUUUUUUUUUUAGAAAACAUAAUUAUAUACAAAACUUUCUAAUUAUUGAAUAGCGAUGUGUAGUAAUAAAAAUAUUCCUUUUUUUCUCUCCAAUUUAUUUGUUUUUUAUACCAAGCCUAUUAAGAAACAGUAACAAUUUUUACUCUGCUAAAAAUAAAACAAACGAGUAAUAUAGCAAAAUUUUAGAACCUAUAUGUUAUGGUUAUGUUUCUCUUGAUUCAAAUAUUAAUGCCAGAAAAAAUGUAUUAGUUUCGUGUGCUGACUAGUCUUUUGUUCGCUUUUUCCAUCUUAUGUUAAAAAGUAGGAUUGUUUAUUUUCAAACUUCCAUGGUCAAAGAAACAAUACUCAGCUUAGCAAUAUAUUUUUUUGGGUCUUUUAAACCAAAGUGUUAAAGAAACACUACAUUUUUUUUUUGUUGUUGUUGCCUUGUACAAGUGGUUCUGAUGUGGAUGCAGCGUGGAUCUAUCUGUGGAAGCAGAAAUGCCUUGUGAUGCACCUUCAUGAUGUUGGAGGGUGAAAGAUUUACUUAAGGUCUUGGGUCGAAUCUCAGGCUGCCAGAUAGCUUCCGAAGCACCUCAUUAGACGACCACCAACUUAUUUAUGUCGAUUUCAUUCGAAUGUCACACUAUAUGUGUCACAAAUCAAUAUUUUAUUUUGUAGCCUAGGGCUAAAUAUUGCAAAUAUUAUGGCCACUUGGGUUGAAUAAAAAUAUAUAUAUAUAUAUUUGACUAUGUGAAUGCCACAUAUUUGAUAAUAUGAAGUGUCACAUAUUUGAUAAUGUGUAACAUUGCAUAUUGAAAAAUGUGGAAUGUCACAUGUUUGAUAAUGUGGAAUGUUAAAAUUUUAUUUUUUGAUUUAAUAAAAGUUGAUGUAUUAUAUUUAAA